GCGGCCGGAGGGCGAUGCGGGCGGCGCGGAGCCGGCGGUAGUGUCCGCACCGGGGCCUCCCCGGGAGCAUGGGCUGCAUCGGAUCCAAAACCACCAUCGUGGCUGUGGACACGACGCUGUGCGUGGAGUGGAAGGAGGUGAAAGUGUUGUCACCACUGAGUGCCACCCACCCAUUGCCCCACCUGGCACGCCAGGCCUCCUUCGACAGCCAGGACUUCCUCCAGGUCAAUGUUGAGGAUACUGUCGAGAUGCUGCCCAAGUCACGGCGCGCGCUGACCAUCCAGGAGAUUGCUGCCCUGGCCCGCUCCUCAUUGCACGGGAUCUCACAGGUGGUGAAGGAGCACGUGACAAAGCCAACAGCCAUGGCACAGGGCCGUGUUGCCCACCUCAUCGAGUGGAAGGGCUGGUGCAAGCCGGUGGAGCCACCCACUGCCCUGGAGAGCGCCUUCAGCUCCUACUGCCAUCUGAGUGAGGGCGAGCAGGAGGCACGCUUUGCUGCUGGUGUGGCAGAGCAGUUUGCCAUCGCUGAGGCCAAGCUGCGAGCGUGGUCCUCGGUGGAUGGGGACGACUCCAAUGAUGAGUCCUAUGACGAGGACUUCAUGCCCUCCACAGAGAGCUCCCAGCCCACUGACCUUCCCAGCAUGGUGCCUGCCAGCGUGCUGCUGCGAGACCUGCUGCAGGGCCACCUCUGCCAGCUGGGUGUGCAGCACAGCUCUUGCGAGCCUGAGAGUGACUCCUCACACACCCUCUCCCCUGAGACCCUCUGCUCCAGUCUCUGCAGCCUGGAGAUGGUGUCACCCUCUGAACUCACUGCCAAACUGUUGGGCUCCUUGGGGAGUGAGGACCUGCUGCUGCCCAAGCCGCAUCCCCCAGCCAGCCAAAGUGCCUUGCGGGGCCUGGCACGGCUCCGGUGCCAGGACUCCCUCUACUCUGUGUCCUACACUGAAGCUUGCCUCUCGCCCACCGAGGAUGAGGUGGUGCUGAGCAAGGACUUCCCACUCCGCCGCAAAGUCUCUGAUGUCGCCUCCUCUGGGGUGGCAUCACUGGAAGAGGAGGAGGAGGCCCAAGAGCCCUGAAGACAACUUCUGGGUGCCCUGCCACUCCUGGUGGGGGACCAGCCCCCCCACAACUGGCCCCCAGCUGGACCCUGUGCUUGGCAAGGGACAGGCCCUGCUGCCACUCCUCCUUGCUAGCUGGGCAGGGGGGGUCUUGGGAGGCCACUGCUGCCCCCCCCCAGCCAGUGUACCCCCACCCUGCUUGGCCUCCUAGAUUUUUGCAUGAGAGUGGGGAAGGGGUCCAGGGAAAAGUCUGGUGGGGGUUGGACCCCCUGCCCUGGUGCCCAGAUGUGCCCCUCCGUAACUGACAAGACUGAAUCAGUGGGGCUGGUUGUUCGCAUGUUCCCCCCAAAACUGCCCCAGGCUCCCCUUUUGGGCACAGCCCUCCCCCUCCUCGCUGGCAUGGCUGAACCUCUCUGAACACCCUGCAGUGCCCCCACCCCGUGGCCAGCACCCUCAGCUUGGAGUGGUAGUGGGGGUUUGGGGAUGGUGUGGGUGUGGGUUUCUCCUCUCUACUGGACUGGCUUUUAUUGGACCGAGUUUUAUACUGUGAACUGCUG